AGGCACAUGUGCACAGUGCAAGUGCAGUCUGCAAAAUUGUCUGUGGGGUUGUGGUUGUGAAAAGUGUGUGUGAAAAUUUACCAUGGCAUUGGAAUCCUCGGUCGAAAAUGGUGUUUCAGAAGGAGAACUGGAAAACGGAGUUGACGUAGGCCUUGUCAAGUUAAACACAAGCAAGGAAAGCACAAAGGAUCCCGGGGGGAAGCCGCUAGCCAAUGGGGUGUGUGAGACAAAGGAAAAAGAACUAGUCAAUGGCAACUGUAACGGAACCGAAGAGGUGGAGAAGGGAGAAACCGAGGCCAAUGAGAAAGGAAGUGACAAGAAGGACGAGCCCGAGGUGGUCUUUAUACAAGACAUGGGCUUCACCGUCAAGAUUGUCAGUCCAGGAACUGAGGCUUUUGAUAUUCAGGUAUCCAGCAUGGAGCUAGUACAGGAGAUCCAUCAGCUGUUGAUGGACAGAGAGGACACCUGCCAUCGUACCUGCUUCUCUCUCCAGCUGGACGGAAACACUCUGGACAACUUUGCAGAACUCAAGAACAUCGAAGGACUCAAGGAGGGAUCUGUCAUCAAGGUGGUAGAAGAACCGUAUACAAUGCGGGAGGCACGGAUCCAUGUGAGACAUGUCCGUGAUCUACUCAAGUCCCUGGAUCCAGCUGACGCUUACAACGGAGUCGAUUGCAGCUCCCUGUCCUUCCUCAACGUCAUCACACAAGGUGACAUCCUAGAAAAGAAGAAGAGUCGAGCGGAGAGUGUGGACUGCACACCCCCAGACUACAUCAUGCCCAGCUGCAAGGAGAGACCCCUGUUACCCCUUCAGCCCUUUGCUAAGGAACAGAAAGGCCCCCAAUGUAUCAAGGUGCUGACCACCUCUGGGUGGAACCCCCCGCCCGGGUACCGCAAGAUGCAUGGAGACCUCAUGUACCUGUACGUCGUUACCCUGGAGGACAAGCACUACCAUAUCACAGCCUGCACUCGUGGCUUCUUCCUCAACCAGUGUACAGAAGAAGAGUUCAACGCCAAGCCUGCCGUCCCCUCGCACCUGUGCCACUCGUUGAUUGAACUCCUGAACCAGCUGAGUCCAGCGUUCAAGCGGAAUUUCUCAGUGCUGCAGAAGAAACGAACUCAGCGGCACCCGUUCGAACGUGUAGCCACGCCCUAUCAAGUGUACGCCUGGGCCUCCCCUCUCACAGAGCACACUGUGGAUGCCAUCCGUGCCGAGGACACGUUCUCUUCGAAGUUGGGUUACGAGGAACACAUCCCUGGCCAGACGAGGGAUUGGAAUGAGGAGUUGCAGACGACGCGGGAACUGCCUCGCAAGAACUUGCCGGAGAGACUGCUCAGGGAGCGGGCGAUAUUUAAGGUGCACAGUGACUUCGUAGCGGGGGCGACACGUGGUGCGAUGGCUGUCAUCGACGGCAAUGUGAUGGCCAUCAAUCCUGGAGAGGAGUCAAAAAUGCAAAUGUUCAUCUGGAACAACAUCUUCUUCUCGCUGGGAUUCGAUGUGAGAGACCACUACAAGGAGUUGGGCGGCGACGCUGCUGCCUUUGUAGCCCCUAGGAACGACCUGCAGGGAGUCAGGGUAUACAGUGCGGUGGACCUGGCAGGCCUGUACACUCUGGGCACAGUGGUCAUAGACUACAGGGGCUACCGUGUCACAGCUCAGAGCAUCAUCCCUGGCAUACUGGAGCGAGAACAGGAACAGUCCGUAGUCUACGGCUCCAUAGACUUCGGCAAGACAGUCAUCUCCCACCCUAAGUACAUGGAUCUGCUAAGCAAGGCGGCCCAGCAGCUGAAGAUAUUGCCACACAAAGUGAUGAAUGACAAGGGAGAGGAGGUCGAACUUUGCUCGAGUGUUGAGUGCAAGGGUAUCAUUGGCAACGAUGGACGCCAUUACAUCCUGGACCUGCUGCGGACCUUUCCUCCCGAUGUGAACUUCCUGCGGCUGCCGGGUGAGGAACUGAGCCGCGAGGUCAUGGCACUCGGUUUUCCUAUCGAGCACAAACACAAGCUCUGCUGUUUGCGGCAAGAACUCAUCGAUUCGUUUGUUGAGUCCCGUUACAUGAUGUUCAUCAAGUACGCAGCCUUCCACUUGCAGCAGUUGGGCGCCAAGAAGCAGCGUGAGCGUGAAGCCAGAAGUCAGGAGAAGGAGCUGGACUUAAAGGAUAAGGAGAAGAAGCCUGUGCAGAAGGCCAUAGAUAACAAAUUGGCAACGAGAGCAGAGGUGGAGAAAGUAGCGGAGGAAAGUUCCAUGGAGGCUGAUGAGGCCAAGAAAAUCGUUGAAAGCAUCACAGAUUCCAUCACCAGUGGGGAGAAACAGGAGUUGGAGGAGAGCACCAAAGAGAUCGUGAAGAAGGCAGCUCUGGCUGUUGGUUCUCUGAAGGAAACGGAAUUUGAUGUGCGGUUCAACCCCGACGUGUUCUCUCCCGGCGUGCAACACGCGAGUCCAGACGGGCAGAGUCUCAAGAAGGAGCGGCAGCUGGUGAAGGACGCAGCGGAUUUCCUUGUCACAGCACAGAUUCCAACUUUUAUCCGAGACUGCCUGGACCACUCCGGAGCUCCCAUGGAUGGUGUCACACUCUCUGAAGGCAUGCACACGCGAGGUAUCAAUAUCCGGUACCUGGGCAAGAUAGCCAACAUGCUGGCCAAGGUGAAGCAACUGGAGUACCUGCUGAACAUUGCUGUGGCGGAGUUGAUCACACGGUCGGCCAAGCAUGUGUUCACCACUUACAUGCAGAGUACAGAGCUGAUGAGCUUAUCUGCUGCUAUCAGUCACUUCCUCAACUGUUUCCUGUCCUCCUGCCAGAUGCCACACCCAGUGCAGGCUGCUGAUGAGGUAUACAGUUACAGAGCAAGACGUCGAAAACGACGCAAUAAACGAAAGGGUCGGAUGAAUGCGUUAUUGUCGUCGGACAGCAAUGAGUGGACGAACCUCACGCCGAAGAGUCUCUUCCAGCAGAUCCGAGGUGACCUGAAGGCCUACUACGACUGGGAACUGACGGCUGACUCCAUGGACGCCACCCUCGAGCAGUACUCACUACAAAAAAUCUCCUUGCUGAGGUCAUUUUGCCUUAAGACUGGUGUACAAAUAUUACUACGAGAGUAUUCAUUCGAUGCCAAAAAUAGACUAACGUUCUUUGAGGAGGACAUUGUCAACAUUUUCCCCGUAGUCAAACAUAUCAAUCCAAGAGCGAGUGAUGCUUUCAACUUCUACACGACGGGCCAGAGCAAGAUCCAGCAGGGCUACCUGAAGGAGGGCUACGAGUUGAUCAGUGAGGCGCUGAACCUGCUGAACAACGUGUACGGCGCUAUGCACCCGGAGAUCGCGCAGUGUCUGCGCAUGCUCGCAAGGCUCAACUACAUCAUGGGCGACCACGCGGAAGCGAUGGCGUAUCAGCAGAAAGCGGUGCUCAUGUCCGAACGAGUCAAUGGAAUCGAUCACCCGUACACCAUCACGGAAUAUACUCACCUGGCCCUCUACUGCUUCGCCAACAGUCAGAUCAGUACAGCCCUCAAACUGCUGUACCGAGCCAGAUACCUGGCGCUGCUGGUGUGUGGGGAGAACCACCCGGAGAUAGCGCUGCUGGACAGCAACAUCAGUUUGAUCCUACAUGCAGUUGGCGAGUAUGAGCUGUCGUUGAGGUUCCUGGAGAAGGCGCUGGCACUCAACAUCAAGUUUUACGGACCCAAGUCAUUGAAAGUAGCUGUGAGCUACCAUCUAGUGGCACGGACACAGAGCUGCAUGGGCGACUUCCGGUCGGCGCUCAACAACGAGAAAGAGACAUACGCCAUAUACAAACAACAGCUGGGAGAGGAUCACGAGAAGACAAAGGAGUCGUCGGACUGCCUGAGACAUCUGACACACCAGGCCGUGGUGCUGCAGAAGAAGAUGAAUGAGAUCUACACAGGCAAGCCGGGUGUGGGUCUGCCCCCCAUACAGAUCCAGCCCCCCAGCAUGGGCAGUGUCCUUGACAUGCUGAAUGUCAUCAACGGCAUCCUCUUUGUACAAAUUAGCCAACAAGAUAUCGAGAACUUCAAGGCUGAAAUAGAGAAGCGACAAGCCAAGGAAGAGGAGGAGAAGAGCUCAGCGACUGUGACCGAUGCCCCUUCCCCUACCCACAACCAGAACCCGACUCCUUCCCCGACCCCAGCUCUGCCCGAGAGUUGAGCGACCCCCUUCCCCCGCGUAGAUAACCUGUAGUGUCCACUUUCGAACUCAAUAUUUUUGUACAAUGACAGACGGUGGUUGGUCUUGAGGUGUCGGUUCGGAAAUUCGUGAGAGGCGUCAGCGCUGCAGCCUACUUACGGCUUUUGCCGGCAGCAAUAAUUUUGUUUGAACUGUUAUAUCACUGUAUCGUACCUUUUACAGUUUAACGUUAUUGUUGGAAAAUUGUUUUUAUUCACGAGUCACUCAUUGUUGAAAACUGAUCGGACCAACAAUAGCAAUGUUGUUUUGUCCUGUGUACGCUUUUCAGGUGAUAAAAUAGUCAAUGCAUAAUGACCUCAAAAAUGGUGGCAAAUGUUAGCUUCAAAUCCAAAUAACAGUGCGACCCUUUAAAGGAGUUGUACGUAUCAGUUGGUUUGCAGGAAAUGUCCAUAAUUUUUGUUUUAUUACUUUAGUUUUCAAACUUUUUAAAAUACCUGUUAAAUUCUCACAUCUUUUGUGUAGAUUGUACUGUAAAUUUUAUUAGUUUACAAGUUUAUUAGCAAGUUUUUGGCAGUCAGACAAUGGAAUAAAUCACGUGCAUCUACAAGUAUUUCUUGCAAGCCAACUCUUACAGUUAUGCCAGUUUUCUUAAUCGAUGUCAUUAUUUAUUACUGCUCAUUUGCAAAUGGCCUUUUAUAACUUGGUUUACUAGUCUUUGUUAGAGUUUGUUUAUUAAAAUAAAGUUAUUUAUUGUUAUUGUUUCUGAUCUAUAGUAGAUGCUGCACUGCUUGUGACUAUAUUUUCUAGUAAAUUGUUUUAUCGGUGUUUAUUAUUGUACUAUCUAUACAAAUUAUAUUUUGUAGUGGUUCAAUUUACUUAAUUUUUAUUAUGUAUUAUUUAUAUAUAAAAUAAAGUGUGAGAUCAUGUUAAGAUAAAUUAUGUGUUACCACACUAAAGAAAUCGUCGGUAAAAAUUUUGAAUCAAACUCAUUGUUAUUGCUGUAUUUAUUUUUUAUACGCAAAUUUGUUCAACAAAAAAGGCAUUCUUGUAGUUAAUAAUAAUAUAUACAAUUUCGUCAAAUAAAUUAUUAAUUUAUUGUCUUUGUUGAAUAAAAUAUUGAUUACUUUAUUUGUAAAAGAGAGUAUUUUUUCAUUUUAUUUAUUUGAUAUUAUAUUACGUUUUCCCCAUAUAUUUACGUUGAAAUAAAUAGCAUAUGUAAAAACCGAAUAAUAUGUCAUUGUUAUAGAAUGAUUGAUUAGAAUGCCAAUUUAUUGUAGGUAUUAUAGGAAGGUUUUUGAUUGUUUACGUAAUAUGUACAAUGCUACAUGUUUGUUGUAUUGUAUCGUAACUAAACAAUACAGGUACUCCUGAAACAUGAUUAUUUGAAGUAUUGGCAAAUAUACAGAAAUUGUCAUUUACGAAUAGUUUUAAAUAUUAUAAUACGUAUUUCUGUUCAUUCGAAAAGACAGACUGUUGUUGAAGAGUUUUUGCACAACUGUUAUUUAAACGGGAAUAUUCACCUUUGGUGAACUGAGAAGGAUCUAUUUUCAUAAUUUGAGGAGACACAUUAAUGUACAGAUAUACUAAAAACUGAACCCAUGUACUGACAGUAUCCAAUCAGAUUUUUGUACAGUUUUUUGUUACUUAUACUCUGUUUUUUUGUUAUCUUGAUCGUUGUUCAUGGCUUGUGUUGAUGUUAGUCAAUUGUUCUAUAAAUAAAUAUUUGAAAAUAAUGUUUUCCAUAAACAUAAAAGUAAUAAAAUAUAUCCUACUGAA